AUGGCCAGCGAACAAGAAUACACCCUCGAGCAGGUCAAGGCUUCCAGAGUCGCCUCAGAUGACAUUGACACAACAUUCCGCUCAAGCAGCAUUGACUUGAUCUCUGCUGCUCUGGGUGGAAAGAUUCUUGCCUUCUCAGAUGAAUGGUUCGCCGAGGCUACCAACUUGUUGACGCCAACCGCGCCCAUUAGGCAACCAGGAAAGAUGGUCUACACCGGCGCCUGGUACGACGGCUGGGAGACCAGGCGUCACAACACGGAGCGCUUUGACUGGGUCAUUGUCCGUCUUGGUGUUGCUUCCGGCACUGUCGAAGGUGUCGAGGUCGACACCGCCUUCUUCUCUGGCAACCACGCCCCCUCAAUCUCCGUCGAGGGCUGCUUCAACCUCAACGACGACGAGGUCGUUUCAUGGAAAGGCGGCAGGGGCCAGUGGGAGACGAUUCUCGGCAACGAAGAAUGCGGCCCGUCGCAGCGCUUCGGAUGGAAGCUGGCUGAGCCCAAGCAGAAGCAGUACACUCACGUCCGUCUCAACAUGUACCCAGACGGAGGUAUUGCCAGAUUCCGCCUCUUUGGCCACGCCGUCCCCGUCUUCCCCGACGACAAGGAGGCCAUCUUCGACCUGGCAGCCGCCCAGAACGGUGGCGUCGCCAUCUCCUGCAGCGACCAGCACUUUGGCACCAAGGACAACCUCCUGCUGCCGGGCCGCGGUAAGGACAUGGGAGAUGGAUGGGAGACGGCCAGAUCGCGCAGCAAGGGCCACGUGGACUGGACCAUUGUCCGUCUCGGCGCUCCCGGUUACGUGCAGAACGUCGUCGUCGACACGGCGCACUUCCGCGGCAACUUCCCGCAAAAGUCAAAGAUUGACGCCAUCUCGUGGAUCGAGAGCGGCGAGCCGGGCGCGGACGCCGCCGGGUGGACGGAGAUUGUGGCGCCUAGCAAGUGCGGACCGGAUGCGGAGCAUGACUUCCCCAGCGCUGUCAAGGACAAGGCCUUCACACACGUCAAGAUCACCAUUAUUCCGGACGGCGGAGUGAAGAGACUGCGCGUCUUUGGCAAGAGAGCAUAG